AUGGAGAUGUUGGAGCAACAGGUUGUCCCGAAUACGGCGCCGCCGGCGGCGCCGGCCGCUCCGCCGGAAUCGCUCCCGGCGGAGCCGCCUGCGCUCGACCCCAAACCGGCGGCGGACCCGGCGCCGAGCAGCGAGGUCGUGACGCCCGAGGUCGUCGCCGCCGACAGCGACAGCGACGACGACCUCGAGCUCGAGGGCCUCAUCGCCUGCCAGGAGACGACGUUCCACGAGGCGCCGCCGCCGCCGCGGUCGCCGAGCCCCGCGGGCCCCGACUACGCGGGCCUCGCGGACCUCAGCCGGGAGCGGCUCGCGUGUCGCGUCGCCGAGGCCGGCGGCGACGGCGCCGCGAUCCGGACGUCCUGGGCCGUCGCCGCGCGGCCGGGCGUCGGCCGCGCCGCCGUGGCCUACACGACGACGGCGCCCUGCGGGCGCACCUUCGGGUCCUGCUGCGCGGACGACGUCCUCGAGUUCCUCGACCUCGCGCCGAAGAAGCGGAGGACGCCGCCGCGCGCCGAGCCGCGGCCGCCGCCGCCGGCGCCCAAGGCGCCCAAGCCGCGGGCCGCCGCGCCCACGCCCGCCGCCCCCCGGCCCGACGACGAGCCCGCGACGUACGACGGCGUCGUCUAUCGGAUGGGCGAGCGCGUCCGCGCGCGCUACAACCGCGGCUCCGUCGCCUACGGCGCGCUGGUCGCGCGCGUCUACCGCGAGGCCGACGGCCCGCUCUACGACCUCGUCUACGACGACGGCUUCCGCGACGCGCGCCUGCCCGCGCGCUUCAUCCGCGACGUCGUCCGCGCGUCGCCGCUCGAGAUCCGGCGCGCGGACUCGCGGGACUGGAUCUUCUUCGAGAGCCAGGCCAUCGCGCUGCGCCAGCUCGGCCCGUUGCUCACGCAGCAGAUGCUCCUGCGGCUGCUCCACUCCAAGGCCUGGGACGACGACCCCUUCCGCGCGCGCCGCGUCGACGCGAAGGCGGGCGUCAAGAUCCGGAACGCGCGCGACCGCGAGCAGGACGACGACUUCCGGCCGAACCGCGCCGUCGGCGAUCCGGUGCUGGCCCAGUACGACCGCGCGGGCAUCUUCUACAAGGGCACGAUCUCCAAGGUCCAUGACGGCGGCCGCGCCUACGACGUCCGCUACGAGGACGGCGACGAGGAGCUUGACAUCGACGCGUACUACGUGCUCGACGCCGACGACCCGCGGGGCGCCGAGGGCGUCGAGGGCUUGGACGGGCUCGUGGAGGCGGAGCCGCCGCGGCCCGCGAAGCAGGCGAAGAAGCGGCCGCGCGACGAGAAGCCGGCGAAGAAGAAGGACAGGGACGAGACGUUCCCCCGGCCGCCGCGGCCCGUCGAGGUCCGCCGCCGCGGCAGCGACGCGUGGACGCACUUCGCGUCGCUGUCCAAGGCCGCGAAGCACUACAAGAAUUUGCCGGCGUGGCUCGUCCAGCGGCUCGUCAGCGACCCGACGUUGAAGCACGACGUCUUCGAGUGCCGCGCGGCGGACGCGGCGCCGCCGCCGGCGAAGAAGGCCCGCGGCGCCUGCGAGGCCGGCGCCGUCGUCGUGUUGCGGAGCGGCGGCUGCUGGCGCCGGGGCGUCGCCGACGGCGAAGGGGCCGUCGCCUUCGAGGACGGGAAGACGCGCGCCGUCGACGCGGCCGACGUGGGCCUCGCGGUGCUCGGCGGCGGCGCGCCGGUGACCGCCGACGGCGAGGCCGUGCCCGAGGCCUGGCUCCUCGACGCCGCGGACCUCGUCGGCCGCGCGGUCGCGCGCGUCGAACAGGGGCGGCCGUCGCUGGGCCGCGUCGCCGCCGUCGACGCCGACGACGACGGCGCCCGGCCCUGCGUCCGCGUCCAGUGGAGCGGCGCCGCGGCGCCGAAGCGCCUGCACCUCGACGCGUUCCGCGCGAAGCUCGACGACGGCGCGCUCGCGGUCGCCGACGCGCCCGAGGCCGGCGCCGUCGCGGCGCUCCGCGCGGAGAACGCGCGCCUCCGGGCGGCGCUCGACGCGCGCUAG